GAGAUUCCCCUUGUGUGCUCAGUUGACGAUUGCAUUAGCAGUAUUCAAAUGCAGUUUCAGAUUGUGGGUUGUAAAAAAUAUAUGAUCUUGGCGAAUGUUCCGUGAGCUAGGAGGAUUUCAAUUCCGAAGUCUUGUGUCUGAGUAAUCUGGUAGCGAUAGCGCUUAAGGAAUUGCAAAAUAUUGGGCUAUAUGGAGGCAGGGUCGUUUACAGCGGAUUUUUUGAAACAGAACCACGAUCUCUACUCGGCUGCCACUAACCACAGCUUCAUUGCGAGUAUUCGAGAUGGCUCCAUCGAUGCCCAAAAUUUUAAGCUUUGGAUGGAACAAGACUACCACUUCGUAAGGGAGUUUGUUCGCUUCGUCGCGAGUGUGUUGGUGAAAAUGCCUCGAGAUUCACCAGAAUGCGACGUGGAUAUCAUUCUGGGAGGAAUCACGGCUCUGGAGAGCGAAAUUACGUGGUUUCGCAAGGAGGCAAAUUUUUGGCAAAUCUUUCUGGAGAGAGUGACGCUUCUUCAACCGAACAAGGACUACUGCGCAUUUCUGAAGCAGUUGGAGGGCAGCGACACUCCAUUCACAGUUGCAAUAUCUGCUUUCUGGCUCAUCGAGUUGGUGUACUGCGUCAGCUUUAUGUCGUGCCUGGAGAAAGACGCUAAAACGCCGUUUGAGCUUAUUAGUACAGUCAAGAGAUGGGGGAGCCCAGAGUUUCAUGACUACACAUUAAAGUUGAUGAAACUGGUGGAUAAAGCCCUUGAGAAUGCUUCCAAGGAUGAGCAGAAACAAGCUCAUGAGGGCAGCAGUACUAGGUUCCCUUAUCUCUGGUCAUUAAAUCCCGUCUUUACCUCGACACAAGUUAUGUCUGCUGAUCUUCAAAAUGAAGGCCUGUGUGCGGGUUUUGGAGCUGGAGCUUAAGUUCUGGGAUAUGGCUGGUUUCGUCUUAGGUUGAAUGUAUAUAGCUACAUCUUGUUUAAUGGAAGCUUCGAGCCUUGCAUUCAACAAGCAAGAUUAAGCAAGUCGUAUUAUUAGAAACUCCAUAAGUUUGGAAUUCUAUCACUUUCAAAGCAAUGGAUCUCUGAGUUUCAAUUCUGAGUUGGGUUUCAGAAUUAUGCACUUGCAUUUUGAAAUGUUUUGUAACGAGUGUACUUGAGUGUUAGAACUGGUCAAACUUAGGCUGUUCAUGUAACAGUUUGAAGCUGACAUUUGAUAUGAGGUCAAAGAAGUAGCUUCAACUUUACAGCAA